AUGGAUGUGAAAUGCCCAGGAUGCAAUAAAACCAGCACCACCUUUAGCCAUGCACAAAUGACAGUCUGGCGUGUUGGCUGCCCCACUGUCCUCCGUCAGCCCACAGGAGGAAAAGCAAGGCUUCCAGAAGGGUGCUCCUUUAGAAGGAAGCAGCACUAG